GUCUUCAGUCACCGAGUGUUACUCAUACCACCUUCCCAUGAUUCACAUGCGUUCUCAGGAUACUAAAAUCCUUCAGAUAAUGGCCGGAAUGUGAUUGGUUCUCCUGGACACGACGUCCAAAUACCCUUCUCAUGCUCUACUGCAGGUACCCUCCUUCAAUGCACCAGGGGUUUUAGGCUGUGCUCCUUAUUUGACGACCAGGAUUUCGGGUUUCUUGGCUAUGUGAAGCUUCCUGGCUCGCAUGAUCGCCUUACCAGAAACCCGGCUUUCGUCACCAAAGCGUGACCUGAGGUUCACAGAGCUCACAACUUACGAUUCGCCUGAAUCGUUCUUCCCAACCCCUUCAAGGAGAAUGAGAAAUUGCAAUUUUCAUUUCCUCAGAUGGGAUUCCUGAAAUCAGGAAGCCGGAUUUUUGCUAUGGCACUCCUUCGUCCUUUGUAUCUCGUCCUGCAUCCUGAGUCCUUGAGGCUCCAACUGUGAACAUGAACAGGAAUAACAGAACAUAGGUAAUGAUAACUCUUCUCUAUUAAUAUGUAUAUAGACACAGCCCCCAAGAGAUGAAUCCUUCCAUCAGAAACUAAGACAUCCGAUCCAUCACUUCUCGAGUAUCAACCAUCAACCAACAAGUCACACAGCCUCCUGCAACACUCUAUCUCCCUCAAACCAAUCAAACCUCCAUCCGAGAAUGUCAGGAAGCGGAAACAACUACAGCAACCAAACAAACCAAGGGUUCGUCAAGUCACCCUACAUCUUUCUCUUACAUCCCCCCUCUCCCCCAUUCCCCGACCCCAAGAACUAACUAUAUCCUCAUAGCGGAGGUAACUCCUACUACCAAUCCCAAGACCAAUACUACCAAUCGGGGUCCUCUCAAUCCCAGUCCUACUCAGGACCCUACUUCGCGCCCCCUUUCACCUCCGAGAACAUCGGGAAGUACGAUCAAAGUCAGGGAGGGUACUCCAGUACCGACUAUUACUUGCACGAAGAUAAGGACCAGGAUUUUGAGAGGGUGGCGCAGGGGAUACCCGAUUCUUCAAAAGGGAAAGGUUCGAAGGGUUCUAAGAGAUCAAAAUCUAAGGGGUCUAAGAGGAGAUAGUUGGUUAGUUGUGAAGAAGAGAGGGGUACAGGAAAAUGAGAGGAUGGAAGGAAAGUCAUUGCCCUUUUUAGCCGAGUUUCUUUAUGCUUUGAUUUUACUUGACGUGGUGUCGUGAAGGAAUUAAUGGAGGUUGAAAAGCGGAAACCAGUUUUUGCUUUCUUCAAGGC